CUUUCCGCAGUCUCUGGUCAUCUCCUGUACUGUCCGCAGUCUCUGGUCAUCUCCUGUACUGUGUCCGCAGUCUCUGGUCAUCCCUGUACUGUGUCCGCAGUCUCUGGUCAUCCCUGUACUGUCCGCAGUCUCUGGUCAUCCCUGUACUGUCUGCAGUCUCUGUCUCUGGUCAUCCCUGUACUGUCCGCAGUCUCUGGUCAUCCCUGUGCUGUCCGCAGUCUCUGGUCAUCCCUGUACUGUCCGCAGUCUCUGGUCAUCCCUGUACUGUGUCCGCAGUCUCUGGUCAUCUCCUGUACUGUGUCCGCAGUCUCUGGUCAUCCCUGUACUGUGUCCGCAGUCUCUGGUCAUCCCUGUACUGUCCGCAGUCUCUGGUCAUCCCUGUACUGUGUCCGCAGUCUCUGGUCAUCCCUGUACUGUGUCCGCAGUCUCUGGUCAUCCCUGUACUGUCCGCAGUUCUGGUCAUCCCUGUGCUGUCCGCAGUCUCUGGUCAUCCCCUGUGCUGUGUCCGCAGUCUCUGGUCAUCCCUGUACUGUCCGCAGUCUCUGGUCAUCCCUGUACUGU